AGCUCCAUGUGCAAGCGGGGCGAAGCAGCGCAGAGAAGAGUUUGGUGUGUUUUUAGUUUGUGACAGAAAAACAAGUCUCUGAAUGAAAACACAAACCUGCAGCGGAGAAGUUUAACUUGGAGAUGACGGGUUGGAUAUUGAGCUGAAAUAUUCACAGAAGAAGAAAAGACGAGGAAUAAAGCAGGAGAAGAAGAAGAAGAAAUCCCGGCGUUUAAAAUUUAAAGUCCGGAGGAGAGAACUCUGCGUUUAUUAAAGGAUGCUUCUCUCUCCUGCUGCUGUGUGACGAAACCAAAGAUGGACAGAGAACACCAAGAAAGGAGAGAGGAGGAAGAGGAGGAGGCGGAGGAAGAGAGGACAAGUGGGCUGGGAGAGAAGGACAGAAUACUAAAAACCCCACCCAGGAGGAGAGAAGAGGAGGUAGACGAGGAGGAGGAGGAGGAGGAGAUGAUGAUGAAGGCAGGUGCCAAAGACAAAGAGAUUGGUGGACACACUCCGAUCUCUGCCUCCUCCUCCCUCACCUCCUUUCCUUUCCUCACCUCCUCUGUGUGCCGAGGAAGAGGAGGCAGAGGAGGAGGCGAGGACGGGGAGGAAGACGAGGUCAGAGUCGCCAUAGUCACCAUCGAGGAUGAGUCCUGUCCGUCCGAGCCUUUUGGCACGGAGACGACCAAUCAGAUCACACGGACAGAGGACGGAGGAGACGUAAUGAAGGAAGGAGAGACAGAAGCAGUGAAAGAGGAGGAGAAGGAUGAGGAGGAGGCAAACUGCGAUGAAAGAGAGGAGGAAGAGGAGGAGGAGGAGAAGGCAGAAAUGACGUCACCAUCGCUUCACCUGCAGAGUCAGAUGAAGAGGAAGUUGGAUCAUGGUCCAGAUGGCCGUCCGUUUCCUUCAGGGAAGAAGCACUGCAAGGGCAAUGGAUACCUCAGUCCUUCCAGUCUGGUUCAGGCCACCACACCAACAACAUUUGGUGACCUACGGCUGGCCAAUGGGCAUUCGGCUCAGCGGCGGCGAGUCACCUCCGGCCCGCCCCCCUCUGGCCUGCAGGACUGGCUUCAUACCUUCCAGACGUGGAGCGGUCCUGAGAGAUUAUUGGCUCUGGACGAGUUGAUUGACAGGUGUGAGACCAGUCAGGUGAAACACAUGAUGCAGGUCAUCGAGCCUCAGUUCCAGAGAGACUUCAUAUCCCUGCUGCCCAAAGAGUUAGCUCUGUACGUGCUGACCUUCCUGGCUCCCAGAGACCUGCUGCAGGCCGCUCAGACCUGCAGGUACUGGAGGAUCCUGGCUGAAGACAACCUGCUGUGGAGGGAGAAGUGCCGAGAAGAAGGUGUGUCAGAGUAUGCGUCAACUCGUCGUAGGAAGUGCUCACGGCCAGGUGUGGCGGUCAGUCCUUGGAAAUCGGCCUACAUUAGACAACACCGCAUAGAGAACAACUGGAGGAAGGGAGACACACGGGAGCCCAUGGUGUUGAAAGGUCACGAUGACCACGUGAUCACGUGUCUGCAGUUCAGUGGUGACCUCAUUGUCAGCGGCUCUGAUGACAACACGCUCAAAGUCUGGUCCGCCAUCACCGGCAAGUGUCUGCGGACGUUGACGGGUCACACCGGCGGCGUGUGGUGCAGUCAGAUGGCGGUCGCCACGGUGAUCAGCGGCUCCACCGACCGGACGCUGCGCGUGUGGGACGCCGAGAGCGGCGAGUGUGUCCACACGCUGUACGGACACACGUCCACUGUGCGCUGCAUGCAUCUCCACGGCAACCGGGUGGUGUCGGGCUCCCGGGACACGACGUUGCGCGUGUGGGACGUGUCAACGGGCCGCUGCGAGCACGUGCUGACGGGCCACGUGGCGGCGGUGCGCUGCGUUCAGUACGACGGGCGCCGCGUGGUGUCGGGCGGCUACGACUACAUGGUGAAGGUGUGGGACCCCGAGACAGAGGCGUGUCUGCACACGCUGCAGGGGCACACCAACAGAGUGUACUCACUGCAGUUUGAUGGUGUGUUCGUGGUGAGCGGCUCGUUGGACACGUCAAUCAGAGUCUGGGACGCAGAGACAGGUGGGUGUGUCCACACGCUGACGGGCCACCAAUCGCUGACCAGCGGCAUGGAGCUGCGUGACAACAUCCUUGUGUCGGGGAACGCCGACUCGACGGUCCGAGUGUGGGACGUGCGGACGGGACAGUGCCUCCACACACUGCAAGGUCCCAACAAGCACCAGUCGGCGGUGACGUGCCUGCAGUUCUGCAGAGGUUUGGUUCUGUCCAGCUCCGACGACGGGACGGUCAAACUGUGGGACCUGAAGACCGGAGCCUGGCUGCGAGACGUGGUGGCCCUGCAGAGCCGCGGAUCAGGUGGCGUCGUGUGGCGAAUCAGAGCGUCCGAUACUCGGCUGGUUUGUGCUGCCGGCAGCAGGAACGGGACGGAGGAGACCAAACUGCUGGUGCUGGACUUCGACCUGGACGACAAGAAGAAGGAGACGGAGUGAGGAAUGAAGCAAAGACGCCAUAAAAGAAGUUUGGAAGUUAAUUUCAUUUUGACCAAAGUCAUGGCUGGAUCCGCUUCCUCCAGCUGUCAGACAGACAGGUAUGAAUGUCGCAACACAUCCUGAUUGGCCGGCAGACAUAUGGACUCAUUGGGAGGACAGCUGGACGGACAGAACAUCCACUAUGACCUGGAUACCCAAUGUGGAUGAUACAAAAAUGGCCAAAAUAUCAAAACUUUGACUUCAUAUAGCUGCACUGACAUGGACGACGCCAUAUUGGACGCCACAAUCACCCAAAUGACCAUCGCAAACAUGGCGACAAAUGAAUGUUUUUGCCGCUUUGACGGACAGAAACAAGGAUGUACGUUCUUUUCUACGACACACGGUGAAUGUUUGACAAACAGACAGACAGACAUACGGAUACGUGCUGAUCAAAAACGAUUCAGAUGGAUGUUCAUGGAUGGAUGGUUGAAUGUAACCGAUGGAGGGACGAGGGCAUUGACUUCUAUUGCUGCUGAACCAAUGAGGAGCUCUACAACGCCGAUAAACAUAACAAUCCAAAUGUACCAAAUCUUGAAGGCCAGAGACACGCGGGCAACUUCUUGAGGCAAUGGGACGGGCAAUGUUGCUUUGAAUCAGUAUUGUUUUCAUACCAGCAGCCAACCUACGGCGGCUUAUUAGGGCCACUGUAGGUUAAAAAAAAAAUAGAGCGGGGUACUGGGGUAAUAAUAAAUAACCUUAGAAUUUCAAAGAUUAAAGUUGAAAUUUCACAAGAAAAAUCAACAAAAUUUACAAGACAAACUGUAGUGAGGAAUUUGUGUUGGAUGAAUGAGUCAAGCACAGGACUUUCACCCAGGGGACCAGGGUUUGUGUCCCAUGUGAGCCAACAUUGGCUUUUUAUUUUCAGUUUUUGGGAUGUAUAAAGCUGCUGAAUGCACACUGUUUACACAAAACUCAGCCGAAUAGCUGAAUAGACUCGUUGGUUGUAACGUCAAUGUCUUGAAUGAUGAAUUUCAAACAAAUGUCUCGACUAGACGUUGCCAGGAUUUGCUGUUUACAGGUGGAGUAAAGCGAUGUGGUUUCUUGACAAAAAACAAAAGAACAAACACUAUUUUUCCUAGUAAAUUUGUUACUUUAAUCUCAGAGAAUAUUCAAUAUUUUCUCGUAAAUUUAUGACUUAGAUCUUAAAAUUCUUCUUUUUUUCUCACAAAUUUAUGAUUUUAUAAUCUCAUAAUAUUUAAAGUCCUUUAUGGUAAAUUUGUGUUUAAUUUAUGACAUAAAUCUUGGAUAUUUUUAUGCAGAUUUAUGACUUGACAAUCUCAAGUCAAGAUAAUAUUUGAGGUUUUUUGGUAAAUUUACCACUUCAGUAUCAGAGA